AUGACCGAAUCCUCUUCCGCUAAAAAUGGACUGUUGUUAUUACUUCAGGCUGCGGAAAAGAUAGACAGAGAGUCCCCUAGAAAUUGUCAUCACCCAGAGCGUUGGGAAACACGUAGCGGGUCUUCCAGACAUUUCUAUGAUGAUGGACCCACACAUUUCUCCUCGCCUUACUCAUGUUCACCUAUGCAUAGGCGGAAUGCCCCUUCAACUAGAUGUACCCACAAUGAGCUUGAGAAAAGCCGACGAGCGCAUUUACGAACUUGCAUGGAUGCACUCAAGGAACGCUUGGUGUUUGAUAGCGAAGUUCCUCGGAUAACCAUGCUUACGGUUCUACGAAAGGCCACAGCAACCAUUCAGCUUUUGCGCCAAAAGAAUGAGUAUCUUGAAGCUUGUGAAGAUGGAGAAAAACAGCGGCUUUCUCAACUACUGAAACGUCGCCAAACUCUUCGUAAAAAGAUCGAAUCAAAACGUAGCCGUGCCCUGAAAAUGAAUUGGCGCGAGCGUAAUAGGAACUAUUCCGAGUGCUCGGUCCUAACUACCUCCUCCGAAGACUCAGAGUUGGAUUAUGGAUCACGUCACUUGCCAUCAACCAUGUAUAGCAUUUUGCCGAUGCCGCAUCAACAACUCGGCACUACUGAUAAUCAUCGGUACUCGUCGCCUUGCGGGAUUUCUUCAAGUGCCGUUACAGCUCCAACUUCAGCAGCAGCAGCAGCAGCAUCGUCUGGGGAUGCAACCACAACGUCGGCGGCAACAACGAACUAUGCAGCAUCAAAAGCACACCUCUCAUACCACCGAAAAGUCAGCCAGCAUCCUUCACAGCCACCGCCGCCACCACAUCAUCCCACAGCAGCCACAGGGCUCAGUCCCACAGACGCUUACGAUGCUAGCAGCUCAGACUCAGGGUUCGAGGAGGUGAUUGCGGCUACUGCCGCCGUCGACGAUCAGCAGGUUAUAAAAAUGCUUCCGCCCGUAGACCUUUGCUUCUUCGCCGACUUGCCUUCCCAUCAUCCGAAGUUUACUCACCCAUUUUUCAGACCUGGUUCUUCCCAACACCGAUCUCUUUCUGGCAGCCACCAGGUGAGUGCAACGCCUCUCCGUAUUCUGUCGCGCGUGCGUGCCUCCUCCUGCUCCUUCACCACUGAUGAUCUCAAAUGA